CUUUUCCAUCCUGUCUCUCCCUCCCUGCAAAGGUGAGCUGUGCAAUUUCCUUUGGGAGGAAUGAUUUGAGACCAGUGGAGAAGAAGAGUUACAAAACGUCCCAGAAAAGACGUCUGCUUUAUGGACAGUUUCUGUUUUUUUGAAAGUCCUACACAGGUUGUGGCCAGGAUAUAUGCUGGACUGUAUUCUCUCAUACAAAUCUGCCAGGGCCCUUCAUUCAGCAUUUUGGGCCUUGCUCGUGGCCUCACCGGGGACUAGAGACAGGACCUUUUCAGUUGUGGCCCCUUGGCUUUAGAACACCCUCCCUGAAGAGCUUUGCCAUGUUCCUCCCUCAGGGUGUUUUUAAAAAAUAGCUAAAGACCCAUCUUGUUAGAAAGGCUUUUAAAUGAUUCCUCUGCAACUAUGUUUGGUGGGUUUUUAAAACUUUUUAAAAAUAUAUAUUUUUAAUUUUUAAAACUUCUUUCACCUUUUAAAUCUGUUUUUAAGUAUGCCCUGUAUUUAGUGAUUUGAUUUUAUUAACAUUAUGUUUUAUGAUUAUUCUGUCAUUUUCGUGAGCCGCCCCAAGCAGUAUUGCACCAUUGGCGGGGAAAUAGAAAUAUUUUAAAUAAACAAACCAACAAACCAAAUGCUGCUGAGAGAGCCUCCUCAGUCCUGUGGAACUACCCUUUUGUAGUAGCUGCCAAAAGCCAGUGGCAGGCAUUUGUGGCAGAGAGGGUUGAACAACGCUGGGACUUUUCUCUUGUGAAAGAAAAUGGCAACAGAGCCUGGAGAAGCACCCGCCCUGGGCCUCCAUUUCCAGGCUGUGCUAGAGCAGAAUCCAUGUAUGAAAACAAAGGUGAAGAAGGUGGCUGUCCCCAAAUCGGAGACAAGAUCAACAGGGACAGGAAAGACUCCGUGCGCUGUCAUCUGGAGGAGGACGGUCAGGCAAUGUCUGAGGAGGAGAGUACCACAACGCAUCAAGGAGGAGCCAGACGAUGGACUAUCGCUGCCGCGUUGGGAAGCCCGAUGUCAGGAGUUCCUGGGGGGCGUUGAGUUCCCUCGCUCAGGACAAGGAGAUGCUGCGCAGUGGCUGGAGACACCGCUUCCAUCGCCCUUUGGGGAAACGGUGGCUCAGAGCUCCCAGCCUAGAGAAGAGGCUUGGCGCCAGUUCUUGCCAUGCUGGAGUGGAUCAAGGCAGCCAGGCGACAGUGGCGGGCCAGACACCAGAGAAGGGGAAGAGAGCCGGGAGGUGAAGGAGGAGAUGGAGAAGGAGGAGGCCAUCAACAUGGAGAUGAACCGUCACCGUUUCCGGGGGUUCCUCUACCAGGAGGCCGAGGGGCCCCAAGGAGCUUGCCGCCUGCUCUGGGAGCUUGGCCGACAGUGGCUGCAGCCGGAGAGACACACCAAGGAGCAGAUGUUAGACCUCCUGAUCCUGGAGCAGUUCCUGGCCAUCCUGCCCCCGGAAAUGCAGAGCUGGGUCAAGGAAGGUGGCGCAGAGACCUGCGCCCAGGCGGUGGCCCUGGCAGAAGAUUUCCUCCAGAGGCAGCAAGAGGGUGAGAGACAGCAAGAGCAGGUGCCUGGGCUAUUCCAUGUGGUGACUGUGAAUUUCUCUGAUGCUGAGCAGGUUUCAUUGGGAAACACACUGAGGCAUCCUGGCAGGGAGGUGAAAGAGGAGGAUGAAAGAAGCGACCACUUUGUGGGAACUGAUGGUUUGGAAAGCAAGAAUGUUGGGAAACCAUACCACGUGUCACCAGAAAGAGCAAAUUACCAAGCAUUGGAAGAGAACGUGAGAGAUCAAGGUGAACCAGAGAGGCAGGAGGGAACCCGAAUGGAAAAGUGGAGGGGGAAAUCCAGUGCUUCCCAAGUUUCAAGCUAUCAUGAAAUUGCUGUGCAACAAAGAAUACACAAAGGGAAGAGAAGAAGUAGAUGCAGUGUGUGUGGGAAGAGUUUCAGAGAUGAAUCCAACCUUAUUAAACACUGGAGAACGCAUCCGGGAGAAAAACCAUAUAAAUGCGCAGACUGUGGCAAAAUCUUUUGUUGGAUCUCACAGCUUGAUCGACAUAGGAGAACCCACACGGGAGAGAGACCAUACAAGUGCUCAGAGUGUGGGAAAACCUUCAGUUGGAGCUCACAUCUCAAAAGUCACAAGAGAAUCCACACAGGAGAGAGGCCCUAUAAAUGCGCCAUCUGUAGCAAAAGCUUUCUUAACAGCUCGGGUGUCAUCCGCCACCAGAGGACACACACGGGGGAGAAGCCCUUUGAAUGCUCAGACUGCAGCAAAAGCUUCGGCGCCAAGUCAAGCCUCAUUAGCCAUCAGACGAUCCACACAGGAGAGAAGUCGUAUCAGUGCGUGGAGUGUGGGAAAAGCUUCAGUCGGAGCCACACCCUUGUUCGGCAUCAGAGAAUCCACGCCACAGAGAAACCCUACAAGUGCUCAGAAUGUGCCAAAAGCUUCCACCUGAUCCAGCAUCUCAUCAGACAUCAGAGAAACCACACCGGAGAGAAGCCCCAUCAAUGCCUGGACUGUAGCAAAAGUUUUCUCGAUAAAUCAAGCCUUGUAAAACAUCGGAAAAUCCACACUGGCGAGAAACCAUAUACCUGCUCAGACUGUGGGAAAUGUUUUAGCCAGAGCCAACAUCUUCUAAGACAUCAGAUAGUUCACACAGGAGAAGGACUAUAGGGCUGCAUGUAUCCUAUGACUGUACCCAGCUGUUGGCUACAUUCUUAAGAAUCCUUGUUUUUGUUUAAAAUAAACAAAUCAAGUUUCUAGUCCUUGUGGCAGGAAGGAUGAUAUGGAAUUAGAGCAACACCUGGUGAAAUCUCCAAAGUCCAAAGAAGGAUCUGUAGGAUUUCCAGGAGUGAGGGACUUCAAAGUAAGAUACCACCUCUGAAUAUAAAGUUGACAUGCAGCAAAGGUUCUCGAACUUGUUGGACUACAAGUCCCAUCACCCCCAGCCACAGUAACAUCCCACUUCUGAAUACAGAGAUACUAUAUAGCAGGAGUUCUCAAACGUUGUGUCCCCAGGUGUAGUUGUACUACACUCUCAUCAUCCCCAGCCACAAUGGCCAAGCCCCAUUGUGGCUGGGGAUGAUGGGAGUUGUAGUCUAACAAAAUUUGAGCACCCAAUUUUGAGAACCGUAGCCAUUUAGCCAUCAUGGCCAAUACUCAUGAACAGAGCUCUCCUCUAUGUAUUCAAUUCCAUGCAUUUCAACAUCUUGUGGCAGUGAAUUCUGCAAGUUAAUUAUACCUUGUGUGAAGAAGUAUUUUCUUCUGUCUGUUUGGAAUCAAUUUAAAUCUUCCUGCUUCUAAAAUGGUAUUUGGGAAUUCCUCUGGUGCUCUGUCUUCUCUUUUUUCUUUAUUGUGUUUUACAGACAACUCCAUUUCCUAGACUUGCCAGUCAUUCCAAAUAUUUCCAGGAAUUCAUCACCACCAGACUAGACUGCCUUACUAAUUUCAUGUAUAAAAUAAGUAAAAUGGAUUAAAUUCUUCCAUUGCGUUCACA